AUGGUUGGCGAUAAACUGGCAGUGGAGAAGAAUCAAUCAAGCAUUGCAGGUACAGAGGAAAAGACGGAGAUUCCCGACAGUGACCAUGUGCCUGCAUUGCCCCCCGCCUAUUGGUCGACAGUGUCAGGCACGACCGGUGGCCUGAGGCCUCGGGCAAAAAACACAACGCGUGCUGAUUGGACACAAAAGAGAAGCACAUCGGGUAGCUUGAUUUGGGUUCUUACAUCUUCCGACGAGAUGGGAUUGCCACGACUGUCCUAUGCUCAGUGUGAUAUUGAUGAGAGCUUUGCAUCGCUCGGCCAAAAGAAUUCCUUUUCUUCGUUUGUCCUAUCAGUAGUCGUUGUGGCCAGUUCUGAGCGAAGUGUCGUUGCCGACGCCCGCAGCUACGAUCUCGCCAAUAGUCGCCUUCUCAAGGCGGUGCUCAUCGACGAGAACGGACGCUCCUAUGUAUCGGAGCUUGACCUCGGCACAUGCUUUAGAAUCGACCUGGAGGAGUUGAAAUAA